UGAGUGGAUUAUGGGUGAGACACUUGUGGAAUUAUAUAAUUAUUAUAAAAUAAAAACAGAUUAAAGAGAAGUCAAAACUAAGAUAUAGACCAAUGUAUAUAAAUAACCCAUUUAUAUUUUGGAUUGGGCUGAGAAUAUAUCGAUCAUGACUAAUAAUAAUUAUAAUAAUACAUUCUGUGUUAACAUUAUCAGACAUACAGUACACGUCACUCUGCGUUAAAAGUUUUAACUCGACUAAUAUGACAUCAAACAGACGCUGUUAUCCUCUGCGUUCAAACAUCUGAACAGAACCUCCAGCCGACCAACCAGUUUAACUGCUCUGCUACGAGCUCCACUCCACAAGGUCACGACUGUGGCUCCGACACAACACAGUUGUCAUUUACAUGCUUUAAGUUCCCCUCGUGUGUGUGUAAUCCCAGGGCUGUUUGCAGCAGUGGCUCAGAGUUUCCUGCCUCCUGUGUCUCAGCGGGUUCAUGAACAAAUGUGGGCGAGUGGCUGAUGGUCAGGCCUCUCUUGGACUGUGAUGAAGGGUCAGAGGGGCUUCGCUCUGUCACAUGUUAUUUUCGGUGGAUGCUUUCAUUCCAGUGUCAGCAGUGGGCUGUGGUGAUGGUGAGAUGGACGCUAUAUAAGCUGUGGUGGCGCCUUCACCUCCAAAUUUGGACAGAAGCGUAAAGACCAAAAUCCAAGAUGCCAAACUGGGGUGGAGGAGCCAAGUGUGCAGCCUGUGAGAAGACGGUGUACCACGCAGAGGAGAUCCAGUGCAAUGGGAGGAGCUUCCAUAAGACCUGCUUCAUCUGCAUGAGCUGCAGAAAAGGCCUGGACAGCACCACGAUGGCUGCACACGAGUCGGAGAUCUACUGCAAGUCUUGUUAUGGAAAGAAAUACGGUCCCAAAGGUUAUGGAUACGGACAAGGAGCUGGAGCUCUGAGCUCGGAUCCCCUAGGAGACCACACUGAUCUGCAAUCGAAUGAGUCUAGAUCCAGACCUGCUUCAUCUAAUGCAAAUACCAGCAAGUGUUCCCAGAAGUUUGGAAGCUCAGACCGGUGCUCCCGCUGCUCCAAGGCUGUCUAUGCAGCAGAGAAGGUGAUGGGGGCCGGGAAGCCCUGGCAUAAAACCUGUUUCCGCUGCGCACUGUGUGGCAAAAGCCUGGAAUCAACCACAGUGACUGACAAAGAUGGAGAGCUGUACUGUAAAGUUUGCUACGCUAAAAACUUUGGGCCUAAAGGGUUUGGACUGGGAAACGCUGCCAUGUUGGAAGAACGACAGUGAAGACAAAGAGGAAUAGUUUGUUUUUGUGUCAUUGUUUUCAGGAUCUUUAUGUAUUAUUACAUUUACUGUUACUCUCAGUUCUUACCUUCACACUGAACAAUGUCUGGUGAUGCAAUAAAAAUAACUGCAAUAAUGAUGUUAUAUUUAAAGCAGAGCAUCAUGUGAAUGUGAUGUAUCUAAAUAUGGCAUUUCUGGAAUACAAGAAUAUUUGAGCAGACUCUUAUAUUUACAUCUUUAAUGGAACAUGUAGUCCAUUUGUAGAUGCAAGUAACACAUUUCCAGUUUUGCUUCAUUAUAUUAACAAAAGUCCAAUAUCAUAAAGUCUGGUGGACAUUAACGAUAAAGCAGUGGAUUAGAUCAGUAGAAUAUUCAUUAGAUCAGGUCGUAAACAACUACUGUGUGUGUUAGCAGCCAAUCUGAUCACAGGAUUAACACAGGAUCAAACUACAGGGAGACAGUAAUUUAGUUGUCCAACAUCAGGACAUUGGACAAAAGUGUUAGGACAUGAAAUGCUGAUCUACAUUUGUAGCUGAAAUAAGAAGCUACAGUGACUUACAUGCACAGAGCUGCAAAAAAUGUAAAAAUGAAAAUGUUAGUUGCUACAGACCAGGGGUCACCUGGUAGCCAAGGGGUAUGUUCUAAAAAUAAAACUGGUCAACAAGAGGGU